UCUCGAGUGGUACGCGGGUCCCGGUCCGCGCCAGCUCCCUGCGCGCCUUGUCGCCAUGCCUCGGAAAAUUGAGGAAAUCAAGGACUUUCUGCUCACAGCCCGACGAAAGGAUGCCAAAUCUGUCAAAAUCAAGAAAAAUAAGGACAAUGUGAAGUUUAAAGUUCGAUGCAGCAGAUACCUUUACACCCUGGUCAUCACGGACAAAGAGAAGGCAGAGAAACUGAAGCAGUCCCUGCCCCCUGGUUUGGCAGUGAAGGAACUGAAAUGAACCAGACACACUGAUUUGAAGUGUAUUAAAAUACUAAAAAUCCUAAAAAAAAAAAAAAA